AUGUAUAUCAGGCGUAAGGAUGAUGGUUAUGUUUUUACGGAAUUUAUCAAGGGUGUUGAGAAGUUUGUUAAUUUAGCUAAGAGUCAACCAGAGUGGAUGGAUGGGAAUAAGAUUAAAUGUCCUUGUAAUCAACCAAAGUGUAGGAACACGGCUUUUCGUGACCAGGAUACCGUGACAAGUCACUUGCUCACCAAAGGUUUCGUACCGGGGUAUUAUGAGUGGACACUUCAUGGGGAAGUUAUUGCUACGGUAGAUUCGGUCGAUAUGUCUUACUUAGCAUCAACGCUUGAAGCAGAUCAAAGUAACUUAUUUGAGACUAUGGUAAUGGAUGCUACCGGGCCUGAUUUCAAUCCGAAUAUGGAGGAGGAACCUCCAAAUCCGGAAGCUCAACCAUUCUAUGACAUGCUUAGUGCUGCAAAAAAAGAGUUAUAUCCUGGUUGUCGAAAGCAUACGCAGUUGUCGCUUGUUUCUAGAUUGCUUAGCUUUAAGUCAGAGCACCAUCUAUUUGAGAGGGGAUUUAAUCAACUUUGUGAAUUACUUAAGGAGGUUCUUCCUGAACCUAAUACGAUGAUUGAUAAUUUUUACAGUACUAAAAAACUGGUUCGAGGGUUGGGCCUUGCUAUUGAGAAAAUUGAUUGUUGUAGAAAUAACUGUAUGAUUUUUUGGGGUGAUGAUAGUGAUUUAACAGUCUAUGCAAUAUUUGCUUUAACUCCUCGGCUUUUGAGAUUGUAUGCAUCCAAUUCAACAGCAGCAGAAAUGAGGUGGCACGCAGAUCAUGUGGUCGAAGAUGGAGUCAUGAGUCAUCUGUCGGAUUCCCCUGCGUGGAUUCAUUUUAACGAGACUCAUAGGGAAUUUGCUGCCGAGAAAAGGAAUGUCAGACUUGGUCUUUGUACUGAUGGGUUUCAGCCGUUUGGUCAAUCUGGGAAGCAAUAUUCUUUGCUAGGACCAGAGAAUCCUAAGGCAAAACUUGAUGUUUUCUUACAACCCCUUAUUGCAGAGUUGAAACAUUUGUGGGAUGUUGGUGUGCAUGCAUAUGAUAUCUCAUUGAAACAAAAUUUCCAAUUGAGAGCGGCUUUGAUGUGGACCAUUAGUGAUUUUCCUGCAUAUUCAAUGCUCUCGGGGUAUAGCAUGACAGGAAAGCUGGCAUGUCCUUAUUGCACGAUUCACUCGGACGCAUUUUACCUAUGA